AUGAUCAUUCAUACUACUACUACUACUACUACUACUACUACUACUACUACUACUACUACUACUACUACUACUACUACUACUACUACUACUACUACUACUACUACUACUACUACUACUACUACUACUACUACUACUACUACUACUACUACUACUACUACUACUACUACUACUACUACUACUACUACUACUACUACUACUACUACUACUACUACUACUACUACUACUACUACUACUAAAGUUGGCAUUUGGUGCUGA